AUGGAGGGAGGCCAUAGUCAAAAGGCGAAUGUCGCGGUGGUGGCUGUGGUGGCCGCAAUAAAGGAGGUGGGCCUCAAGAUGGCUCCCCAGAAGACGCAAGCCGUCUUCUUUUACGAGAAGUCUAUGGGGAGACCGCCAAAGGCCCACAUCAUGGUGGAGGGCACCCGUGUCUCCGUGGGGGCAAGCAUGAAGUUGCUUGGCCUCUGGCUGGAUGGCUCCUGGAGCUUCGGCGAGCACUUUGCUCGCCUGCUUCCCAGAGCCAAGGGAGUGGCAAAUAGCCUGGCAAGGCUAAUGCCAAAUCUGGGAGGGGCGAGCGGUCGUGCUCGCCGACUCUACGCCGCGACGGUGCACGCCGUGACAUUGUACGGCGCCCCGGUUUGGGCGCCGGUGGUAGAGGGCUUGCGCUGCAUAAAGGCAAAGCUUCGCCAAGUGCAGCGGUCAAUAGCCCUCCGGAUGUUUGCGUAUUGCACCGUCUCGCAUGCGGCGGCGACAGCCCUGACAGGACUCCCCCCGCUGGAGCUUGCAGCUCAUCAAUACGCCGAGAUACAUCGGCGUAUCAAAGAGCUGCAGGACCAAUCCUGCCCAGGGCACGUCGAGCGAUCAGGCUCCAGGAAAGGACGGUCAUGA